CACAACAAAUAAGCAUACUUAAUUAGUUUUAACGCAACUUAUUGAUGAUAGUCGUAGGCUCGCCAGAAUAUGAGUAGACGUGUUAAUUAAAAAAGGGAGUGACCAAAAACUGUUUUUGUACUUCUAAAAGUGUCAGCAGUUACCUUCCAAAUAAACUUAACUUCACAUUUCCAAUUUCCUAAAUUUAUUUUCACAGAUAUUUUAAAACGAAAAUAGCAGUUUGUUGAUUGAAACCCUAACCAAAGGUUUCCCGAUAAGGCUAAAAAACAGUAAAGAGGAAGAAUGGAAGAAGUUAGCAAUGGAGGGAUGUUGUACCACGAGGUACAAGAAUCUAAGCUUUGCGUUGUACAUUGUGUAAACACCGUUUUACAGGGGCCUUUCUUCUCAGAGUUCGAUUUGGUUGCGGUAGCUUCCGAUCUCGAUCAUACGGAGCGGCAGAUGAUGGGGGUGCCAGUUUUGCAAAAGGUACUGGAGGUAUGGGAUCUUCAAAUCAUUCCACUGGAUAGCCCAGUUGCUGAGCUGGCUCAGAUUGACCCAGAACUGAGAAAUGCAUUUAUCUGUCACUUGCAGAACCAUUGGUUCUGUAUCAGGAAAGUAAAUGGGGAGUGGUACAACUUUGAAAGUCUCAAGCCGGCUCCUGAUCACCUCUCCAAAUUUUACCUUUCAGCGUAUCUUGACUCCUUAAAAGGCUUUGGCUGGAGCAUUUUCCUGGUGAGCGGAAAAUUUCCCAAGGAAUGUCCGAUCUCUUCCUCUGAAGCUUCUAGUGGAUAUGGACAGUGGCUGUUACCAGAAGAUGCGGAGAGGAUUACCAAGUCCUGCAAUGCUGCACAGAGAACAGGUAGCAGAAGUGGUCAAACUCAGUGGCAAUCUGUUCCCUACCGCCAAUACGAGGAACAAGGUAUGCUUUUAGAUGAAGAAGAUGAGGAUUUGAAAGUUGCAAUUGCUGCCAGCUUGCUGGAUGCUGCCCCCGCAGUCAGCACCAAACCUGAUACCUUGGAAAAUGAAAAUAAGGACAAUAGUGCAGCUAAUGCAUGACAAGGGAACAUUUUCAGUGUUUUAAGCCGGGAAAACUUAUGAACUGUUUUUUUUCCUCAUAAUUGCAUCCGAUACUGGAUACUAGUUCAUAAUUCUGCUGCAUAAACAGUGAUGUUGUUUCUUAUUUCAAAAAAUAAAUUAAAAACGAUA